UUAGUCCAUCUCUUUCACCUUUUACUGGGCUUCAAUCUGAUCACUCUCUCUUGGUGGUCCCCCGUGUAGUUGUGAUGUAGUUCUUAUCAAAGCCCUCCUGUCUUGUUGUGACAGCUCUGAUAUUGUUUAUUGAGGUGUAUGUCAGGUUUAAUUAGCAAUCGAUAUGGAAAGCGUUUGCCAGACCGCGCCUCUGACGUCAUACUCGAUUACCGUUUCUCAUUGGUCUCAAAUUCCCAAAGCCUAGGCUAAUUAUUGGAAGGUUCAUGUUGAUAAAGUACAGCUCAUCCUUCCCUCCACAUCAUGUCCCCUCCUCGCUGGCCACUCUCACUGCAUGCUUUUUAAAUUCACACCACCAGCCUCCAGACGUCGUUUCCUUUUGCCUAUGAGAUGAUGGACAGCAGGAUACUGGAUCCACCUCAUGCCCAGUUCGGAGGCUCUCUCGGCGGGAUGGUGGGCUUUCCGUACCAUCUAAGCCACCAUCAUGUUUACGAAUUAGCCGGUCAUCAACUUCAAUCUGCGGCCGCAGUUCCUUUUUCAAUAGACGGAUUACUUAAUGGUUCCUGCACAGCUUCAGUGGUUAAUUCAAACCCCCUCUUGUCUGGCUGUGGUAUGAAUGGAGAUAACCAGCAGUACAAGCUGACAGAUUCGUGUGACCCAGACAAGGAUAGCCCUGGUUGUAAGAGACGACGAACUCGCACAAAUUUCACUGGCUGGCAACUGGAAGAAUUAGAAAAGGCUUUUAAUGAGAGUCACUAUCCCGACGUGUUCAUGAGGGAAGCACUGGCUCUGAGAUUGGACUUGAUAGAAUCGAGGGUACAGGUAUGGUUCCAAAAUCGUAGAGCUAAGUGGAGGAAAAAAGAAAACACAAAGAAGGGUCCAGGGCGACCAGCUCACAACUCCCACCCAACAACAUGCAGUGGAGAGCCCAUGGACGCGGAGGAGAUCGCCAGGCGAGAACUGGAGAGGAUGGAGAAGAAGAAGAGGAAGCAGGAGCGAAGACUGUUGAGGUCCCAGAAUAAACUUUUGUCAGGGGACCUAUUUCACACCCCAGGAUCUGACAGUGACAGUGGAGUGUCACAAGUGACAGACAGUGAACAAAAUCCACAUUGUGACUCUGUAGGCCGAAACCAAACUCAAUCGAGCUGUGACCAAACACCACAAACCCUCCAGAACCAAAGACACUUGAACCAAGAUGCUGGUGGAUCCGAGCUGGACUCGUCCGACAGCAGUCAACAGUCAAGCAUGUGCGCCAACAGCAGAGUCUCCAACCUUCAGAAACUGAACCCAUUCAGCGUAGAAAGCCUUCUAUCGACUCCAGACCAAGGCGCAAACCGAACAUAGAUGGAUUUUCUGCCUUACCUUCUUCGCGGCCUUUGAUAGGGAAAGGACAUUUCUUACUCUAUCCUAUCACCCAGCCGCUUGGAUUCAUUGUUCAUCA